CAUACACAAAUAUCUGCUCUCAAUUUGAGUAUUUAGAGCUUCGAUUGGGUCUGCUCGAUCAACUGAUCUCAAAGCGUGUAAGAGAGACAGAGAGAUGGAGGUGAUCCGACAUUUUAGCCACGAGGAGCAUCCCAUGAUAUUUGUAAAAGAGUUUGGAGGUGAAGGUGUUUGCUUAGGUUGCAAUAAAUCAGUAUGCGCUCCUGCCUACAUAUGCUCCCACUGCAACUUCUUCCUUCACAAGUCGUGCGCCGAGUUAUCCACAGAAAUACAACACCUUGCGCAUCCAAACCACACCCUUCUUCUCCAAAAACCAUCAGAGUCUAAAUUGUGUGAUGCCUGCCGUAGGGACUGCGACAGAUGCUUCUUCUACCACUGCAAUAGUUGCGAUUUCGACAUUGACAUCGAAUGUGCCUCCAAAAGUAAUACUGACGACGGUCACCAACACGAAUUCGUUCCCAUCUUUCAACAGAUCCACUUCACUUGUGAACUCUGUGGUGAGGAUCGCAACAGCGCUGCCCAGGUAUGUCGCAUUUGUCAACUCUUGGUUGACACUCUUUGUACUCAAAUGCCACGUACCAUCAAAAUUAUGGCAGAUCGUCAUUUGCUCACUCUCAUCUAUUCACUUGCUAAAGUCAUCAAGGAGCACGACGAUCAUGUAUUCUGUAAGCUCUGUUAUAAACAGAUCAAACUCAAGUAUGCCGGUUAUUAUUGUCAACAAUGUGAUUUCGUAGCCCACUUGAGUUGCGCACACAAAAAUCGGAUUGGAGCAAAUGAUAUCAUACUCUCAAGCAUAGAGGAGGAGGGUACCAUCUUUAAAGAGGGUGAAGAACUUGAGGAGCUCAAACAUUUCUAUCAUGAACAUAACUUAUUCCUCAGCCGCAACCAAGUGGAGGUUCAUCAUGAACAUAAGCUCUGUGAAGGUUGUAUGCAGUCAAUUUCCCCCCCACUUUAUACUUGUGAGCAAUGUGAUUACUUUCUCCAUAGCAAAUGUGCUAGACUACCCUUAAAAAAGCAAGACCCAACUCACCCACAUUUGCUUACCCUCUACCAAUUUGGAUUUCAUAUUGGUGACACCGUAGGUUGUAAUGCUUGUCGUCGUCUUAGCCAUGGCUUCGCUUAUGCAUGUCUGGAGUGUAACUACAGUCUUGAUAUCCGAUGUUGUUUGAUUAUGAAAACCCUUCAGCAUGAGGGUCACCAGCACUCCCUCUUCCAUGCUAUAAAUUCGGUUCAAGAGUGCAAUUCUUGUGGUGAGGGGCCUAAGGGCGCCAAUGGUGUAUUUUUAUGCAAGGAAUGCAAUUUUGCCUUGGGUUUUGAAUGUGCAACACUCCCACUCAAAGUUGAGUAUGAACUUGACCGACAUCCCCUCUUACUUACUUACACUGCUGAAAACGAUUAUGAAGAUUGUUAUUGUUUAAUUUGCGAAAAAGAAAGAAAUCCAAACCAAUGGUUCUAUUACUGUGAAAAAUGCGACUUUGCUGCUCAUCCUCGAUGCAUAGUUGGAAGGCAUCCUUACAUAAAGUAUGGAAGAGAUUUUACUUGGCCCGAUCACCAACACCCUCUCAAUUUUGUCCGAAGAACUGAGGACUCUCGCCCUUGUGAUUCAUGCGGUGAAAUUUUCGAUGAAGAUGUGGCUAUAAACUGUACACAAUGCAAAUCCUUCAUCCAUCUAUGGAUUGAAUGUAUGAAAAAAUUCAGAAUAAAAUAACUUCUUCGCAUUGAUUAGAAAAAUAUCAUUUUGUAAUUUGUUGUACUAGCUAGCAAAUUUGUGUCUAUGCUAGAAAGAGAUCCUCGUAAGUCGUAAUUGUAUAAUUUAUUUUACUAGACUUAUUUCUGCCUCUGCAAGUAGUUUUGGGUUGGCAAAUAAAGUCAUCUUCAAUUAAUUCUCGACCUUCAUUUUACAACUCUCAUUCUUGUUGACAUAUCCUGGGGAUGGAGGUUAUAAUUAAACCACACAUUUCCUCGUUGCAUAAAAUCAUUUGUAAAAUGAAGCUUUGAGAAUUGAAGAGAAGGUGGAUGCCUUUGUUUGCCAACCCAC